CUCAGACCGGCGGCCAUUUUGGAGGCGCAGCAGCGAGCCGGUGGUGCGCGGCGCCCUCUGGCGGUUUCUGUCUCGCAGAGCCGCUGUGAGCCGCCGCCCGGCGGCCAUGAAAUCUGUUUUCGUCACCGUGGGCACCACCAGCUUCGACGACCUGAUCGCGACGGUUUGCUCCCCGGUGACCCUGCAGCAGGUGCUGCAGAGCCGCGGCUACGAGAAGCUGGUGCUGCAGGUCGGGCGGGGCGAGCUGAACCCGGCGCUGCCCAGCAGCCCGCCCGUAGCGGUAGAAAUUUUCCGCUUCAAGGACUCGCUGGCCGAGGACGUGCGGAGGGCAGACCUGGUCAUCAGCCACGCAGGUGCAGGCAGCUGUCUGGAGACCCUGGAAGAAGGAAAACCACUAGUAGUAGUAAUAAAUGAAAAGCUAAUGGACAACCAUCAGCUUGAACUGGCAAAACGGCUCCACAAAGGUGGGCAUGUCUUCUGCUGCAAUUGCAGCACUCUUGUGGAGACGCUGCAGUCAAUGGAUUUGUCAACUUUGAAACCUUUUUCUCCUGGACAGCCAGAAAAGUUUGCUUUAUUCUUGGAUAAUGUUUUUGGGUUUCAAUAAACAAUGUCAGAAUAAAACCUUUCUCCUCUCCUAUU